UUACUUUGCACCGGAAACAAACUCUAGAUUCCUUUUUGUCUUCUUUACCCAGGGUCCUCUAGAAGAUGUUUUUUUCUGACUAAUACUGUAACAUUGUAACAGUUUUUGGUUUCCUUCCAUUUACACUUUGCAUUGCAAUAAAAGUUUCUCAAAUAUGGUAAAAAAAAAAAAAAAAAAAAACUCCUAAGACAUAUAUAAUACAACUACCAUGCACAUUUAAUAUUGCCUUUAAGAGUCUGCCAAAGUAAAAUGUACUUUACUACCCUAUGUUAUGCUUUUAUUCUAGUAUACAGUACAGCACAACAUAGUUCAUGUUGUACUUUGUGCCAUUAGAGAUAGAAUUAGAUGCUUAGUAACAAAUAAUGAGACACCUUUGAUGUUUUGGGAGAGCAAAAGUGCAACAUUUCUUUAUUCUCACUGCCAUCGUCUGUCACGGAACACAUCAUCGCGGACACAGUCACAUGAAUGAAACACUUCAGGUGUUACCAUCCGCCUUGAUUCCAGGUGUCUGCUGCUUCCCUCUUUUAUUUAAUAGAGUACCUGUCGCCCUCUAGCGUCUUCAUGAACAAAUGUCAAUGCACCCAAAACGAGACGAUUUUCUGUUAAGGAUAAAUGCUGGUACUGACUAGCAAUAGUUCGAUUUGUUUUAUUUUUAUACAUAAAGUGCUUCUUGGGAGAAAAAAAAAACACCAUAAGCUAUGCAUUGUUAUUUUUUUAUUUAUUUAUUUUUAUUUUUUUUGUCAUACCAAAGUAAAAUAAUCAUUAUAAUUUAAGUAUGCCUAUGCGCUAAACUAAACUUUGUAUUUGUGGAUGCAUUUGAGUUUUUGGACUGUCUUAUAAUGUUUAAUUUGUUUUUAUAUUCAGCAGUAUGAAGUUUAAUAUUAAUAGUUUAUUUGCUAUAGACAAUGACAACCGCUGUUCCCUUUAAGGAAAGUACCUGACACUAAAGAUUACAAACCAGGAUUAGAUAAUAAUGCCUGAUAGUUCUUGACACUGCAUUCUACUACAUUCAUUGGUAGUCCACGUGUUAUUUUUCCUAACAGAACAUUAAAGUCCUGUAAUUAUCAAAAUUCUAAUUCAUGAUUUAAGUUUUCAUUUCAGAUAGGCCUAUUUAAUUUCUUUGUUCACAGCAGUGAAAAAAGCCUUACUGAAAGCUACAGAAAUGACCUCGUUACCUGUGACAUGGCCUGCAGAAGUUGUUGAACUAUAGAAUGUUAUUGGAGUUAUUUUUUCCUACACUUGAACUGGCCCCUCCCCUCGCUCCUGAUAUCAUCCAACCAGGGAGGAUGCACAGGAGUCAAAACGAGCUCAAGACAGUCAGGCUGAAUGUAACACCGUCACUUAAAAAUGUUGGUUAGGGAGCUCCGCGUAUGAUGACAUGGGAAUCGAAUCCUAACUAUUUGCCAAAGAAAAACGCUAUGAAGCUUUAACCUUGAAGAACCUUGUUUCACAUAAGAAAAUGUACUCUGUAAUUCCCUACUUUUAUCUUUAUAGGGAAAGUCAUACUUGUAGUUUGGAAAAAAAAAAUCUAAUUACUGAAGCUUUUGAAAAUAGCUGAUGCAUUAAUCUUCAAAUUGAUUCUCGGAACCUUGCUCCAUAUUAGAUCUUAAACGGUCGUUUGAAAAUUAAAAAAAAAAAACUGAGGACUGGGUUUGGAUUUUUUUUUUUUAACUUUCUUUGAAAUGUAUAAUGUUCAUAAUCUGGGCGUUAUCACUGAUGGUGGCAUUCGCAAUGAGGUCUGUAGCCAAGGUGGUUAAUCAAAGUUCCUCUGAGGAGUAACAGAAUGUUGUAAACCUGUCAACGCCACUAACCCGGCCACGUUCUUUACAUUACGGUGGAUUAUUUUGAUGUUUAUACGCAUUGAAUGUUUCUCCUGGUUGAACUUAACUCCAAAGCUCCCCUGGUAAUCCAAUCAUAUUAAUGAAGACCUUGGAAGAGUUUCUCUACCCUUUUAGCCAUUUUAACCCAAUACACUGAGAUGCGCCUUGAAUGAUAGCGUUUCAGCACCAUACAAAGGACAGCUCCGAGUUCUCAAUUGACGUCUCAGCAUUGAACCUGCUUCCAGUUCAGCGGCCAGCGGCCAGCGCAGUGGUUAACUUGCCUUUUUUUAAAUCACAGACGACGGUCUGCUUCUGUGUUUAAUUUAAUAUUCACGUCGUUUUGUGUCAAAUAAGUCAAAAAGACUACUUUUUCCACUAAACUUCUGAUAGAUUCUUUUUUCUUCUGUGGUUCUGGUUUGGGAGUGCAAAUUGAAAUCUGUUGCCAAUCUACAUAAAUGACUCGAACAGGAGUGCCUAAUGUCCUGGUCUUGUAAUUUUCAAUAAGUUGAGGAAAGGGAAGUCUUUGUCCUUCGACCAGUACUUGAAAACCAGUUUAAACAAAACGUGUUCAAGAUAACCAAGUUCCAAAAAAAUAAAAUAAAAUAAUAAUCAAAAAUCAAAAACCAAAAACUGCCAUUUUUUUGUUUGUUUACUUUUUCUGCCGUGUCAAGAAUGGAACCCGUUUUUCCAAGGCUGUUCUCCAAGAAGUAUACGUUUUUUUGCUGUUUCAUUUUAUGUAAGUCAGUUUUCUGCCAGGAGAGGACCCACUCUCAUGCUGAAGAAAACCUCUUUAAGGAUCUCUUUGUUGGCUAUAACAGGUGGCCCAGGCCAGUCCGUAACAUUUCUGAUGUUGUAAUUGUCAAGUUUGGACUCUCCAUUGCACAGCUUAUAGACGUGAAUGAGAAGAAUCAGAUGAUGACAACAAAUGUUUGGCUCAAACAGGAGUGGAACGACUACAAACUACGAUGGAAUCCUGCCGAUUAUGACAACGUUACAUCGAUUCGAGUCCCCUCUGAAAUGAUCUGGGUGCCAGACAUCGUACUGUAUAACAAUGCAGACGGGGAGUUUGCAGUGACUCACAUGACGAAGGCCCACCUGUUCUACACAGGCAUGGUACAGUGGGUGCCGCCAGCCAUCUACAAGAGCUCAUGCAGUAUCGACGUGACUUUCUUCCCCUUCGACCAGCAGAACUGCAAGAUGAAGUUCGGUUCGUGGACCUAUGACAAGGCCAAGAUCGACCUGGAGCGCAUAGAGAUGAACGUGGACCUGAAGGACUACUGGGAGAGCGGAGAGUGGGCUAUCAUCAAUGCUGUGGGCACCUACAACACCAAGAAGUACGACUGCUGCCACGAGAUCUACCCGGACAUCACCUACUUCUUCAUAAUCCGCCGCCUCCCUCUCUUUUACACCAUCAACCUCAUCAUCCCCUGCCUCCUCAUCUCCUGCCUGACUGUGCUUGUCUUCUACCUCCCCUCUGACUGCGGUGAGAAAAUCACCCUGUGCAUCUCUGUGCUGCUCUCCCUCACUGUCUUCCUCCUCCUCAUCACCGAGAUCAUCCCUUCCACCUCCCUGGUGAUCCCUCUGAUCGGGGAGUACCUGCUCUUCACCAUGAUCUUCGUCACCCUCUCCAUCGUCAUCACCGUGUUUGUGCUCAACGUCCACCACCGCUCACCCAGCACUCACAAGAUGCCCAAAUGGGUUUGCACAGUCUUCCUGGACUUCAUCCCCCGCUGGCUCUUCAUGAAGCGCCCGGCCCCGGACAAGAAGGACCACCGCUUCCUGCAGCAGCACCAGCGCAGCCAGUCAGGUGAGUUCAAGCUCAGCACUUCCAAGUACUGGCUGGAGACCGACGUGGACUACAAGUAUGAAGACGACGAGCUGGGCUUGCCCUCCUUUUCCCCACAACCCACCGCCUGUGCCCGUCUGCCCGCAGGCGUCCCCUCUCCCCACAACCACAACCACAACCUUCACCACCGGCUGGACAGGACCACUCACCGUCUGGGGGGCAGAGUGAACCCCACCCAGCGCUCCGCCAAGAUAGACAACCUGGUGUCGGACUCCAUCUUCCCCUUGUCGCCCAGCAUCCUCCAAGCUCUGGAGGGUGUGCACUAUAUUGCGGACCACCUCCGUGCAGAGGAUGCUGACUUCUCAGUGAAGGAGGACUGGAAAUACGUUGCCAUGGUGAUCGACCGGAUAUUCCUCUGGAUGUUUAUUAUCGUGUGUUUGCUGGGGACGAUCGGACUCUUCCUUCCUCCAUGGUUGGCUGGGAUGAUUUAGAAUUCAUUUUUAGUUUUUAUUUUUUUAUUUAUUUAUUUUUUAAAGACUUUACACAACCAAGGGUGGCAUGGCCUUUAACCCUGGUCUGUGCUACUUAGAAGCAUCUGAGAGCAAACUGUGACAUGAUACUAAAUGGAAGGGCAAGUGUCUGCUGUGAGGAGGAGAGCUGCUUCUUCACCGUGAAGAAGGGGUCUGCUUUAGCACUGCUGACACAGACAAGGAUGUGAGCUUCUGAUUGAACAUAAAUACAGCUGCUCCUCCUUAUUCUGGACAGUUUUAUUCCAGGGUUUUGCUGCCAUUCAUACUGCUCUACUGUUAUAUCGAAUGGACUAUAUUUUUAAACCCAACAAUGUACUGUACAAUAAAGAAGUAUGGAAUA